AUGGCACUCACGCGCGACACUUGGAUAACCGUUGCAGAUGGGGAUCUUCCCAUUGUUGCUUCCCAUGGGGUGGAGAUUGAAGUGUAUAAAUCACUUGAUCCAGGGAUUCGUGUUGUCAUCUUAAAAGCAUUAUGUGACAUUCGUGUUGAGCAUAUAUAUGGGUAUGAAGAUGAUCCUAUUAUGGGACAUAGAUUGUAUCGAGAAAUAAGGAAAACUGAAGUGAUUCAACUGAAGAAAGGGAAAUCAAGAGGUUCCCAGGUUCUUUCUAGCACAUCAUACCAGUGGGAAGCAGUUGCUACCAAUUUUGAUGAAUUUCAAGAUGUUUCUGAAAAGCUUUUCUCAAGUAAAAACAGAACAGAGACUUCUCUGGGGAAAAAGCUAAAGAUAGACAUGCUUCCUGAGGUUGAGAAAGUUCAUAAGAAAAAGGAGAAAUUGCUGAAAAAACAACACAGACAAACUCUUCUGCUUGAUAAUUACUUGGUUGUUGAUGGGCUUGGUCCUGGGCGUUCUCUCCGCGACAGGAAGCCUGUUACCUACACUUUUGAUGAUUUUGAUCGGUCAAUCAACGAGGCCAUUAAAGUAACCAAGCAGAAACAGCCAUCUCCAGAACGUAUGCCUAGAAGAGAAUUGGUAGCAAAAUCUGAAACUUUGACUAAUGGUAAAUAUGGUCCUCAGUAUGCCACACAAGAUGUGAAUUUUAGUAUACCAUCACCAGAAUCAGCGGACUCUGACGAUGACAAGGAAGACCAUGAAAAUGACAACUUGGAUCGAAGCAAUCGUCAAAGACGGAGACCUAAUCGUUAUUCAGAAAGAGAGUUUGUUGAAGCAGUAUCAUAUAAUGAGGCAGACUUCGAUAGUGAUGAUGAUAUUGUAGGUGAAGCUGUAUAUGAUGAAGAAUAUCUCAAAAAACGUAAGCAGAAAAGGAAGUCUUCUAGUAGCUCUGAAGGAGAAGAAGAAUAUGAAUGGGACGAAUAUAAUAUUGAAGAUGACGAAGAUGAAGAUGAGGAUGAUGAUGAUUCCUUGAGCAUCAGUGAUGAUAGUGACAAACCCCGCAAGGUCAACAAACAGUUGCCAGGACGUACCAGGAAAGAAACCAAACUCAGAUCUGUGGGUGAGAUUCAAUCAAGUCUAAGACGCAGUAAGAGAGCAACUAGAAAUUCUAUAAAUUACCGCCAAUAUGAGGCCUCAGAAUCAGAAAGUGAGUUUAUCAAAUCUGAGAAAUCUGAUACAUCAGCUGAUCACUCAGAACCCAGUGAGAAUGGUGAAUACAUGACGGAAAGUGAAGAUUCAGACGGCAGUGAUAAUGAAGAACAAGAAAUGAAAGUAGAUGGGCCUGUUACUUAUCCUGCAGUAGAAGAGAAUGAACAAAACCAGGCUCCUGAAAAAUUUAGUCCUGGUCAGGAGGAAGUUGAGACCACCGGAAAGAGACGCUUCCUUGAUUUGAAUGAGCUUGCCCCUAGCACUGGUUUUGACGAUGGUCCAAACACAAUAAUGAAAGAUGAAGACAAUGAUUACUGA